AUGGAGGCUUUCGAGAGUUCAUGGACCGGUGGUGUCGGCGCUCUAGUCGACCGUGUUCUUCCCCCGGUUUGUGACCGCCCGGAAUCUCUUCUUCAGCUGCCCUCGAUCAUUUUGAGCGAAUCCGAUUGUUUUCGGGCGUCUCUGUCUCUUGCCCUCGGUUUAGGGAUUGUCUUCUUCGCUGGCCUCAUCAAACUGCCGCAGAUAGCCACUAUCGUGUCAAACAAGUCGGUCGCCGGUCUCUCAGGUACAACGUUUCUUAUCGAGACCUUUGGCUACACGUACAACCUCGCCGCCCAUUAUCGCCAGAACUAUCCAAUUUCUACAUACGGUGACUUUUCUGUCCUAAUUCUAGAAAACUAUGUGAUCCUCUACCUCUUUUACUCGUACACAGACCGGAAGGAGGUCGGGUUUGCCGUCAUUGCCGCCUUUUUUGCCAGCCUGGUUCUGUUGUGUUCUCCGAUCUUCCCAAUGCCGCUCCUUGAACUUAUGCUUCUCGGCAACGUGGCCGUCGUCGUUCUUGGCCGCACGCCGCAGGCCUAUUCCAACUACGUCAACGGCUCAACUGGUGCUCUCAGCAUCAUUACAUGUUGGGGUAUUUUCCUCGGUGCAUGUGCGCGCAUUUUUACCACCAUUCAGGAUGUAAACAGUUUCAACAUUCUCGCUGGGUACCUCUCCUCUGCUAUUCUGAACGGUAUAAUCGCCUUCCAAGUUGCGUACUAUCGUUACGUAAAACCAAAAGUAUCACCAGAGGACAAGGUCAAGAAAUCGACUUAGAGAUUGUGUCGUCCAACCUAAAGCUGGCGCAUUUUUGCAGCAGCAGAGAUGUUCUCUUGUUGGCUAUCCCGUAUUCACCCUCAAGAGCUCAAGAAAUACUACGACUUUGCCCGCGCAUCACUUUUCUCAGGUACUGUACAUUUUCGCAUAAACUUCAAUGGCAUCCUUGCCCUGCCUUA